ACACACACACACACACACACACACACACACACACACACACACACAAAGCAGGAUACCCACCUGGGAUGGAAUCUGUGCUAUACACACCUGGUUGGAUGAUAUAGCUGAUUUGGAGCUUGGAGUGACACAGACAGAAAAGGUCUGUGGAUAACUCUCCAUACUACCAUGCCAGACCCCCCACCUCCCCAUCCAAUCCGAAGACGACACCCAUCGCCCCACACACACAUACACCCACAGAGAAGAAGGGCAGAACAUUCCAUCACUCCAUCCCUCCAUCCCUCCAUCACUCCUUCAAACACACUUCUGAACCCCUGUGAACUACUACCCCUCUCCCAGUCCCUUCCUAGAUCAUUCUCCUCACAUCUCAUUCGCUUUUCCACGGAAGCCCCUCCCAUCCCUCCCCUUCCCUCCAAUCUCAUUCGCUGUGCCUGCCCCACCCCCUGCCCAUCCCCGGCUUUCCCGGCACUCCAUUGGCUGACACUGGUCACAUGCUGCUGCCUGCUGCCCUCUCUGAUUGGUGCAGGGGAGACGUGGGACGUGGUCGCGGUGUGUCCAUUCCACUGUGUCUGUCGGAACCUGUCGGACUCUCUGAGCACGCUCUGUGCAGAUAAAGGCCUCCUAUUCGUUCCCCCGAAUGUUGAUCGACGAACCGUCGAGCUCCGAUUGGCUGAUAACUACAUCACGGAAGUGGGCGGGGCUGACUUCGCCAACAUGACCGGAUUGGUCGAUCUGACUCUAUCCCGGAACACUAUCCACUCCAUCCGACCAAUGACGUUCUCCGAUCUGGAGAGCUUGCGGAGUUUGCAUUUGGACGGUAACCGUUUGACGACGCUGGGACCUAGGGACCUGUUGGGAUUGGUCAAUCUACAGCACCUCAUCGUCAACGGUAACCAGCUGACAAGGGUGUCGGCAGAAGCGUUCAAUGAUUUGUUAUCAACGUUGGAGGACCUGGAUAUGUCUUACAACAACCUCAGAUGGGUCCCAUGGGAGUCGAUCCAGAACAUGGCCAGUCUCCACACCCUGAAUCUGGAUCAUAACCUGAUAGACCACAUCGCAGAGGGAUCCUUUGGAGGGCUGUACAAGCUGGCUCGCCUGGACAUGACCUCCAACAGGCUGAGGACCCUGCCGCCAGACCCCCUGUUUGCCAGGUCUCAGACGGGAGCCAUCAGUCCCACUCCCUACAACAGCGCCAUCAGUCUGAACUUCGGAGGGAACCCGCUACACUGUAAUUGUGAGUUGUUAUGGUUACGGAGGCUGGUCCGAGAGGACGACAUGGAGACCUGUGCCACGCCCCCUCACCUGGCCGGCAGGUAUUUCUGGUCCAUCCACGAGGAGGAGUUUACCUGUGAGCCGCCCCUCAUCACCAGACACACCCACAAGCUCUGGGUCCUGGAAGGUCAAAGGGCAACCUUGAAAUGCAGAGCCAUCGGCGACCCUGAACCCGUCAUCCAUUUUGUCUCCCCCGAUGAUCGGAUUGUGGCGAAUUCCAGCCGGACGACAUCGUUCCGGAAUGGAACAUUUGAUCUCUUAGUUACGGUUGCUAGGGAUGACGGAGUGUACACGUGCAUAGCGAUAAACGCGGCUGGGGAGGCUACCGCGACGGUGGAUCUAAAGAUCAUUCUGUUGCCGCAUCAAAAUGGGAAUGUCAACGUUCCGGUGAAUGUGACGGUUACUGGGAAUGCUGGGAAUUCUAAUGGAAAAAUUCUGGGUUCUUCGGACAUCGCCACUGGAAAAAGUGUGAAUUCCGGAGUUAACAAUGGAGGGAACACAAGAGACACCGAAGAGAGGAGAGGAGAGGGGGAUGAGGAGAGGAUGGUUGGGAUACAGGGAGUCACUUCUACCUCGGCACAGGUGCGAUGGGACCUGGGCCAAUCGGCUGGAGCUUACCUGGUGUGGAUGUUUCAGAUACAGUACAACUGCACAGCCGACAAGACACUGGUGUACAGGAUCCUCCCUUCUACCAGUAACAGUUUCAUGUUGAAGAACCUGGUCUCUGGAGCAGACUACAACUUGUGUGUCCUGGCCAUCUUUGAUGACACGGUCACCUCCUUGGCGGCUACCAAGGUUCUUGGCUGCGCCCAGUUUAGCACUAAAGAACUCUACCCAGAAUGCCGAUCUCUACGGGCCCACUUCCUGGGUGGAACCCUGACAAUCCUUGUGGGAGGUGUUGUCGUGGUAACACUGCUGGUGUUCACCGUGGCGCUGAUGGUACGUCACCGUGUCUGCAGUAACCACGACGACCACUGUCACCAUGGGGAUGAUAGUGACGAGUCGGCGUGUUGCCAGGGCGGGUCGUUAGGGAGUCCGGUCAAAGAGGUAGUGGCUGGAGGUGGCGGAGGAGUCUACAGCCAAUCAAAUGGCAACGGAGAUGUGAUGAUGGUGGUCUUGCCCAAUGGGCUGCCUUCAAAGCAGAGAGGGGGCCUGACGAAGGAGAGAGCGAAAGAGAAGGAGAAGGAGGAGGAGGGGGAGAAGGAGAAG